CUCUGUCGUGGUGAGUGACUGAGACAUACGACUUGUUCACACUCAAUCAGUUGCCUCUUCCCGACUCCAACGUCGCCAGUUUGUUGCAGAGCUGGUUUCUCAUCUGGCUAUUCAAACAGACUCAUUGUGAUCAGGCACUGGUGGCCGUCCUGGCAGACCAAAGCGCAGGCGCUCAAUUAGCUUUCUCUCCCUUGCUCUUACCUCGGCUCAACACACCAUUUCCAUCUCCAACACACACCGAAGAUCAUGUCUUCGCCUAGGUCGACGUCGUCCCUAGACUCCCAAAGUUGGGUUGAGCUUCGGCUCAAUGUCCUGGGACAUAUCGAUGCUACCGACAGCGAUGUUGUUCCCGAUUCUGCCCCCGACCCUGAAUCUGACGCUGGCACCUACGCCGGCUCGCUUCCAGCUGCCUUGGAGGCGCCGGCGUCUGCCCAGAGCGACGCCGUCAUCGUCUUUCCUCCCAAGACCCCCGACUGGAACAACCUCAAGGUCAUCCACCGCAACACCCUCGAGCCUCGCAGCUACUUUUUCCUCUAUGGCUCCGAGAAGGACGCUCUGUCUCGGGACACAUCCCGCUCCAAGAGCCAGCUACUCUCGGGCAAGAAGUGGAAGUUCAGCCUGUCCAAAUCCCCCUACCAGGGUGACAUGGACUUCUAUCGCGAGUCCUUCGAUUCUUCUCGGUGGGCCGAAGUCCACGUUCCGGGAAUGUGGAAUCUGCAAGGCUUUGGCAAGGGCCCGCAAUACACCAACCUCGACUUCCCCUUCCCCGCCGAUCCGCCCCACGUACCACUCGACGAUAACGAGUGUGGUCGCUAUAUCACCCACUUUGAAGUCGCCGGGGAUCUCAAGGGCCACCAGAUGCGCCUGAGGUUCGAGGGUGCCGAGACUGGCUUCACCGUCUACGUCAACGGCCAUGAUGUUGGCUACUCCCAGGGCUCUCGUAACCCCAGCGAGUUUGAUGUGACCAAGUACCUGAAGUUUGGAAAGACCAACAUGCUCGCCGUCGAGGUCUACCAGCGCACCAACGGCAUCUACCUUGAGGACCAGGACCACUGGUGGCUGGCUGGUAUCAUGCGUGAUGUGUACUUGCACGCCUGGCCACAGCCCGCCCACAUCGAAGACUAUUACGCCCGCCCCAUGCUUGAUGGUCUGUACCAGGAUGGCGUGCUCCAGGUUGACGUCGACCUCAGUGCCAAAGCAAAGGUGCAUCUCAAACUCCUCGACGCUGACGGGAAGGAGGUCGUCAAGGCCAGCCAGACGGCCAAGUCCAAAGCCGUCUUCGAGAUGGACAUUGAUAGGCCUCACAAAUGGUCGGCUGAGCGUCCUUAUCUCUACACGCUCGUGCUUUCGGUAGACGACCAUUAUGUGGCGCAGCGGAUUGGCUUCCGCAGGACCGAGCUGGUUGACGGUAUCUACUGCAUCAAUGGCCACCCCAUCAAAUUCAGGGGCGUCAACCGGCACGAGCACCACCCGGACUCUGGCCGCGCCGUCCCCUACGACUGGAUGGUCAAGGAUCUCUUGCUCAUGAAGACUCACAACGUCAACGCUAUUCGGACGUCCCAUUACAUCAACGACCCGCGCAUGUACGACGUUGCCGACGAAUUGGGCCUCUGGAUUCUCAACGAGGCUGACCUGGAGUGUCACGGACUUGGUGUCAUCGGUGGCGAUGCCGGCAGCUAUGCCUCUGACAACCCAGCCUGGGAGGACUCGUACGUCGACCGCGCGCGUCAGAUGGUGCAGCGAGACAAGAACCAUGCCUCUGUCAUAAUGUGGUCUUUGGGCAACGAGUCCUUCUUUGGACGGAACCACGUGGCGAUGUACAAGUACAUCAAGAGCGUCGACAAGUCUCGCCUCGUCCACUACGAGCCCGACGGGUCCGCGUCCACGGUUGACAUAGUCAGCCACAUGUACACAUGGCAGUCCGACGUCAUCAAGAUGGGCGAGGAAGAGAACUGGACCAAGCCUGUCGUCUUGUGCGAGUACGUCCAUGCCAUGGGCAACGGCCCAGGCGGCGUGACCGAGUACGUCGAGGCCUUUUACAAGUACCCUCGACUUAUGGGUGGCUUCGUGUGGGAAUGGGCGAACCACGGGCUGCGGACCAAGAAUGCCGAUGGCGAGGAGUACAUGGGAUACGGCGGCGACUUUGGGGACGACCCGCACGACAAGAACUUUGUCCUGGACGGACUGCUCUUUUCCAACCACACCCCAACACCCGGAUUCACCAACUACAAGAAGAUCAUUGAGCCUGUCCAGAGCCUGAGCCUGGAUGGCACCAGAGUGACCAUCAUCAACCGCUAUGACACAGUCGACCUCGAUCAUCUCAAGUGCAUCUGGUCCUUUGUGGGUGAUGGCGUCCAUGUGAAAGGCGGCGAGAUCAAGAUCCCUCAAGGCGUCAAACCUCACACCAAGGCGGUCUUGAAGCUCGACAAGCUUCCCGCCCCGCCUGCUGGUGAGGCGUACUUACACCUAGACUUUAUGCUACGCGAGGAUACCAACUGGGCCAAGGCCGGGCACGUUGUUGCUUUUGGCGAAUUCCGCCUGACGCCUCCCCUUAGCUUGGCCCAUGUCCAUCGGCUCUCGAUCCCGACCGAACACUGCCCAACAGUACAGGCGGUGUCAGGGGGCUCCAAGCUUGUGAUCACGAGCGCUUGGGGCACCGUAUGGGAGUUUGACCAGUCCAUAGGAGCCCUAACGUCUUGGAUGCGACGGUCGGAGCCUGGACACAACAUCAUCUCGGAGCCCACAUCGUUUGCACUCUAUCGCGCCUUGACCGACAACGACCGAGGCUGCUGGCAAGGCCAGGACUGGCGUGCUCGUCGCAUGCACCAGCUUAAGACGCACAUGUUGGAGUCGCGGUACGUGAGGCGGGCUAUCACGGCAAGCGGCGGCGACGGCGGCGUCGAGGUGGUGGUGAAGCACCGCGUCGCGCCGCCGGUGAAGAACUGGUGCCUUCUUACCACCACCUCGUUCCGGUUCGCGGGCGACUCUGUCAGCAUCCGGGUCCAGGCUCAUCUCGACGGCAACGAGCGCCCACAGACCUUUGCGCGCUUCGGCCUGCGCCUCGGCCUCGUGGGCUGCGAGUCGGCCCGCUGGUUCGGCCGGGGCCCGGGAGAGUCGUACAGCGACAAGAAGCUGAGCCAGGCCUGGGGCAACUACGAGGAGGCGGUCGACGACCUGUUUGUCGACUACGAGUACCCCCAGGACGGCGGCAGCCGAUCCGACGUGCGCUGGGUCGAGUUCCUGGGCAGCGGCGACGGAGACAAGAACAAAAAGAACAAGACGCGGCUGCUGCGGGCGCGAUUCGGCGACCUCGACGGCGCCGGGUUCCAGGCGCUGCACUACGGCACCGAGGACAUGGACGUGGGCGAGCACCCGUACGAGCUGUACAAGCGCAAGCGGGAGGACACGGUUGUGCACCUCGACUGGGCGCACCACGGCAUCGGGUCGGGAUCCUGCGGCCCGGCCGCGCUGCCCCAGUACGAGCUCCGGGCUGACAAGCAGUUUGACUUUCACCUGCUGCUGGACUGAGUCUGCGUCUCGGUGGGAUUGGAGAGGACGGGACAUGGCGUCUUGGAAAUAGUCUCAGGCUAGGAUUUCAUGUCUCAAUUUGGAGUGUCUCAUAUCAGACCAUGCUAGCAGCUCAUGUAGCCCACAGAAUGUCACGGCGGCGUGGCAAUAUCAAGAGUAUUUUUUACUCUCUUUUUUCUCUCUCUUUGCGCCAUGACCUAGUUCCCCUUGGUACUUUCCUAGCUUAUGGGCCUUUGCUCUGUCCUCAGUACCUUUUGGUUGGGCACAAUUCUACCAUACCCAGUGAUUGCUCAAGUGACAGAUCUCACUGCGGCGCGCCUGUACGCACAUGUAAAUAAGUAAGCAAAUACCAGACAGACCGAGCGCGCCUCAGAUCGAGACUUUUACC